UCAUUUUCUCCCCGUUUCACGCAUCGUUCUCACUCUCACUCUCACUCUCACUCUCGAAGCUGCACCUCUGGUUCCUCCUCAAUCAUUUCUUGUUCCGUCUCUUCAAGCUCUCGCUCUGCCUCAUCGAUCUCAUGGUUCGCGAAUCGAAACCAUAAUCGCGUGUUCUCACUCUCACUCUAGCUCGCGUUGUCUCAUCUCUGGUUCAUCCUCUCACACCGUCGUUUUGCUUCUGGUUCAUCCUCUCGCGCCGUCGUCUUCUCACUGGUUCCAUCGGCUACUCGUCCCACAGCCUGGCCCUUGAAAAGUGUCAACUUGGUGAUGAAGUUAGAAGAAAAGAAGAAAAGUUGGACUCUCCAGUGAUAUAGUAACCUUUGAAGUUAUUGCUAAGGCAAAAUUGAUGCUGUAGUUAGCAAAAACGGCGAGAAUUGGAGCAUGGGACAGAGGCUAUUGGUGUGCCUUGGAGGGACAAAGUUUGCAGAGUGCUUUUUCUGUAAACAGCAAGGACACUUGAGUAAAAACUGCCCUCAAAAUGCUCAUGGUAUCUAUCCUAAGGGUGGUUAUUGUAAAAUAUGUGGUGGCGUGACACAUUCGGCAAGGGAUUGUUCUGAAAAAGGGAAGAAAGCUCCUUUUGCUGCUAAUGGGCCUGCUGAUGGAUCAGACACAAUUGGGCUUUCUUCAACUUCUUCAACAGGGCUUGCCAGCAAAGAUUCCAAUUAUCUUGUAUUUGUCAAAGAAGAAUCUGUUGAAAAACUUUCAAGAAAACAUAGGAGAAAUGAGGUUUUCAUAAAUUCAAUGAUAAUAUUGGCUGAGGUUGAGCUUAGAAGGUGCAUCACUCCAAUCAUAUAUGUUACCAAGUUCACUGCCAUCCCUGUAAUGAUUCUAAUUAGUUUUGUUUUAAUUUUGUAUUCCAUCAUGAGUGUUGAUUAGCACGUGUAAUAAAAAUCAAGUUGAAUUAAAUAAUAAUUGUGGUAGGAAAAUUGACUUAAUUGGACCAAUUUUAGUAUUUAAAUAUCUUGAAGUUAAUUUGUAAA